AUGGAAUCUGAGCCUACGUUAAGUCAGGCACUAGAGGAAAUUCGAAGGAAAAUGACACGAGGUAAGGCUGCAGCUGCUGCUGAUACAUCACAGCAACCACCCGAAAGAGAAAUCAAAAGAAAAAAGACAACAAAGGCAAUAUUGAACUCACAGAAUGCAGGUCCAUCACAGCCGCAGUCAGAAAGUCAAGGCAAUACAAAAAAGAGGAAAAGACAAGCCACAAAAACAAAAGAUCCUGAACAUAAGUCUGAUGUUGCAUACUUCAGCACUAGAAUGGGUCCAAGAGUUAUGCAUCAGCUUGUGAAAAGACUAUCAGAACAGCAAAAACAGGCUGUGACUGAUAUUGGAUUUGAAUCAAUUUUACGUCUUCAACUGAACACCUGUGAGUCUCAGUUGGUGCAAUAUCUUGUCCAUGCAUUUGAUGUUUUCAAGUGUGACCUCAUAUUCGAAGGUGAAACGCUACAUCUUGCUGAGAGGGAUAUUGAAUGCACUCUAGGCAUUCCCCGAGGCGUAAAUGAGGUGGAGGAAGCUCCAAAAUAUGAAGAAAAUGGGAAUGCUGAGUACGUAGCACUAUUGCGUACUUGGAGACAAAGAUGGGGAAUUCAAAAAGGGUCACCAAUCACAACGAGGAUGGGAGACGCAAUUAUUCAGAGGGGAGAUUAUGGAGAUGAGUUUAAAAGGGAUUUCAUGGUCUUGCUUGUUUCUUCAAUGCUUCGUGGAUUCCAAACAAGGUACUGCAAUUACAGAAUCCUGAACUCUUUGAUCAAUGUUGGCGAGAUCAAGAACUACAACUGGUGCAGCUAUACGUACAAGUUCCUUAUCAAAUCAAUCGACAAGUACCGGAAAAAAUCUGGUAGACUGUUCACUGGUGCAGUCACAUUCCUCCUUCUAUUCUAUGUUGAUAGAGUCCAGUUCAAAGGGAUGAGAGUCAUUAGAACACACCCUACCAUUCUUUCGUGGACAACUAAACUUCUAAGAAAAAGAGUUGAUGCAGAGAAGAAUUCUGGUGGAUUUGGAAAGGGAAAGGUUAUCCCACGCAUGAAGAGACCUACUACAGUUCGCAAUGUUUCUGCUUUACCUUCUUCUUCUGCACAAGUGGUUCCAACAAUUUCAGUGCCAUCGUCCAGUAUUGAUAGGGUGACGCAAGUACUGCAACGGCUAGCUGCCGAUGUCAUUGAGUUUGGAGAAGCAAUGACUGAGGUUGGGAGGGAGGGAGCACCUGCAGAGGUGAUAAAGAAAACUUUUUCUGGAAUUUCAAAUAUGAUUUCUGUGGCUGGCACAAUGCAAGCAGCUCCAACCCCAACAGCAUCGCAGCUAGAUGACAUUUUCUUUGGUCAAGAAAGUUUUACAGCUGCAGUGGAUGCUUUGGUAGAGGCUUUUCAGAAAACAACCAAGCAAAUGGAAAUAGAACCUCCUUCUUUUGAUCUAGGAAUUUCCCUAACCCCAGCCCCAUUACGUAAAAGACCAGCAGAGCACAGCACAACGGAGGAGAUACAAUUGGAUGUCCUUGUUGACAGCAUUGCGUGUGGAGCUGGUUUGACAACCUCCAACAACUUGAAAGAAAAAUCAACUGAUGCUGUUUCAACCUCCGGCGACAGGGGGAAAGCUCCUUUAAUUAGGGUUCCAUUCACAUUGGAUUCCCCUGCCACCCCUGCUGCUGCUGCUGCCACAACUGAUGAGCUUGAUGAAGUUGAUAGGUAA